CCCUCCUCCUCCUCUUCAUUACCAUAUCCAUUUAAAGACUAUUGCGCGCAUUAAACUGCUUUUCAUUUCCUGCUCCUGACAGUGCUUCGUGUGAUGCUGUCAUACCUGGAUAACUGUAGCGUCAUAAUAGAUGUUGGCUUUCAUUCCAACCCGGACAAAGUUCUUUUCACACAAAUGACGGCAGGGAGAUAAAGCUUGUGUCCACACAUUUCUGCCGCCUUGGGGGAGAGGAGAUUUCACCGCUGGAAGCUCGGAGCAGUCUCACCACUGAUCUUGGCUCAGUUUGGAUGAAAAAUAAAGACACUAACUGGUGCGCGGCGCAGCGCCGUCUGCAGACAACCGGAGUCGUGAUUCUUCCAUCGGUGCGCAUGGAGGAAAGUCGCGGUUAAAAAUGCCUCUCUGAAGCUGGAUUCUAACCUUUCUUUUUUUUUUUUGGCCAUAUUCGAACUUUGGCUUUGGCUAUUUUUCUGAGAUGACACUGCUGUUUUCUGUCGGAGGAACAUUUGCGGGGCCAGUUUCACCGCGGUGGUUGGUGAACGCACCGGCAGUCCAAAUGCGUCUUUGCUUCACAUGAAGCCAAACACAGAACACAUAAGGAUUUAAUUUUUUUUUUUGACUAAAUGUACGUCCAGAAAGCCGCGUUCGCGCCUCGGCACGAGAGGAAUCAGGGCGCGAAGACGUAAUUUUCCGGAAUGCUCGGGCGCUCUUCACGGUGGAGUGGAAACGGAAGGAAUGCGGUGCUCGUGCUGGCCGGUUUUGAGAGAUGAUUCGUCAUUAAAAGACGGACUCAUUUUGUAUUUUCCCUUUUUUCCCGGUCAGAAUCGAACGUGCCUAAUGUUCGGACGAAGGUGGAGAGGAGGUAUCCGACAGUUCCCCCGAGUCGUCGGGUAUGCGGGAUGACACCUCAUACUGGUUCCACACUUGAGUGAGCUGGGGCAUCCUCACCCAGGAAACAUGCAUAUCUGGAUCCUAAAAAUAAUCCUUCUUCUUGCAUCAUCUCUGAGGCUGGUCGAGAUGUAUGACAAUAAUGGGGAGAUCUGUCGGAACCUGUGUACGUGCGAGGAGAAGGAAGGGAUCCUCACCGUGAGCUGUGAGAACCGGGGGAUCAUCAGACUGACAGAGAUCAGCCCUGUCCAUUUCUCAAUGUACCACCUGCUGUUGACGGGGAACCUGCUGAAAAAGCUCUCCGUGAACGAUUUCAUCAAUUACACCGGGGUGACCAUCCUGCACUUGGGGAACAAUGAUAUUGCCGAGAUUGAGUCAGGUGCCUUUAACGGACUCCAAGGAUUAAAGCGGUUACAUCUCAAUAACAACAAGAUUGAUAUUCUGAGGGAUGACACCUUUGUUGGGCUGGAGAGUUUGGAAUACCUACAGAUUGACUACAACUUCAUUACGAAUAUAGAACCCAACACGUUGAGCAAACUUCACCAUCUGACUGUCAUGAUUUUAAAUGACAAUCUGCUGUCUUUCUUGCCGCCAAAUAUUUUCCGGAAUGUCCCCCUUACGCACUUGGACCUGAGAGGGAACCGUUUGAAAAUGUUCCCUUACGUCGGCCUGCUGGAGCACAUGGACAAGGUGGUGGAAUUACAACUGGAGGAGAAUCCGUGGAACUGCUCCUGCGAGCUGAUAGCUCUGAAGGCUUGGCUGGAGAGCAUAGCGUACACCGCUCUGGUGGGCGAGGUCGUCUGCGAGACCCCAUUUCGACUCCACGGUAGGGACCUCGAUGAAGUGUCGAAGCAGGAGCUAUGCCCAAGAAGACCCCCGGAGGACUCGGUGCGACCGGUACCCCCUAGCAGCACCAGUGGAUAUUACCAGACUACACCUGUUGCUGUCACAGCUUCUGCCACAUCGUCGGCAGUGUUUAGGUCUUCCUCAAGACCGACCAAGGGCACGAGGCAAUUCAACCGAACUAGAAUAAAGCCCACCUCCCGAAUACAAGGCGGUAAUGCAUACAAUUACGGUCCCAUCAUUGCUUUUCAGACCAAGUCUCCUGUGCCUUUGGACUGCCCCACUAUCUGCUCAUGUAAUCUGCAGAUAUCUGAAAUUGGGCUAAAUGUCAACUGCCAAGAGAGAAAGAUUGAAAGUAUUUCUGAUCUUAAACCCAAGCCAUACAAUCCUAAAAAAAUGUAUCUCACUGGAAAUUACAUCCCUGUCGUGCGGAGAUCAGAUUUUGUCGACGCUACUGGAUUGGAUUUGCUUCACCUGGGGAACAACAGGAUAACUCUGAUCCAUGACAGGGCUUUUGGGGAUUUAACCAACUUGCGUAGGCUGUAUUUAAAUGGUAAUCUCAUGGACAAGCUAACUGGAGAGAUGUUUUUCGGCCUGCAGAACCUGCAGUAUCUGUACUUAGAGUACAAUAAAAUCAAGGACGUCGGGGAGGGCACUUUUCGAUACCUUCCGAACCUGCAGCUGCUGUUCCUCAACAAUAACCUCCUAAAAACGCUGCCAGUGGGUAUAUUUUCAAGUCUGUCCCUGUCCAGGCUGAAUUUGCGCAACAAUCAAUUCCAAAACCUCCCGGUUAGUGGCGUUUUAGAUGAACUGAAAAUGCUGGUUCAGAUUGAUCUGUUUGAAAACCCCUGGGACUGCUCUUGUGACAUCGUUGGAAUGAAGAUAUGGCUGGAGCAGCUAAGUGCAGGGACUGUGGUUAAUGAGAUUGUGUGUGAGACGCCCAAACGGCACGCAGGGAUGGAUCUGCGCUCCAUUCACUCCGAGGGGCUUUGUCCAGAUUACUCCGAUUCAUCGGUCUCACCGACUCCCCCUACGGACGAGCCAAUGGAUGAGCGGAUUGUCACCACAGAUGCUCCACGGAAGUACAGCACUCCUAGCAGCACGGUUCCUCUCUCUGUCCUCAUCCUCAGCCUCCUCCUGGUCUUCAUCAUGUCUGUGUUCGUGGCUGCCGGGCUGUUUGUUGUGGUCAUGAAGAAGCGCAAAAAGUCGCAGAGUGAUCGCACAAGCACCAACAAUUCAGAUGUCAGCUCUUUUAACUUGCAGUACAGCCUCUACAGCAACCGAUCUGGUCCCAAAGUGAAGGCUCCAGCUGGCCACGUCUACGAGUAUAUCCCACAUCCCAUGGGACACAUGUGCAAAAACCCCAUCUACAGGUCAAGAGAAGGCAACACAGUUGAGGACUACCGAGACCUUCAUGAGCUCAAGGUCACGUACAGGAGUACCCCAGACCAGGACAGGGAAAGCAGUGCCAUGAGGAGUCCUUCCUACAGCGUGAGCACGAUCGAACCGCGAGAGCACCCCUCUCCAGUCCAGGAUGCGGAUCAUUUCUUUAGGGGCAUCCUUGAGCCUGAUAAGCAGUCCCCACAUCAGUCCAUCCCCUCUAUCCCUGCAGCAAACCUCGAGUACAAGUACACAGGCCCCGUGUCAUACACAUACAACCCCAAUUUUGAUGUCAGACGACAAUUCUUGCAUCCAGAGAGAAUAAGAGAGACUGUGCUUUAUGGCACGGCACCCAGUACUGUUUAUGUGGAGCCCAGUAGAAAUGAAUAUUUGGAGCUUAAAGCUAAACUGCAGUCUGAGCCUGAUUACCUCGAAGUUCUUGAGAAACAGACAACCUUUAGCCAGUUUUGAGGAGCAGAAUCAUUUAUAAAGUGAAGCUUUUCUUUUUUCCUUUUUUUUUAUUUCACUCCCCUCACCCCCCACUCCUCUCUCUUGAUCCUCCUGGAAAUGGUGGCUCAGCUUAUCGGGUGCCUUGGCACACGACACAUGGCAAUUUGAAGGAUUAUCAAACACUGGGGUGUGCCGAACAAUCGUAUUCUGAUUUCUGAAACAUGACGCUACAGGAAUGGAUACAGAUUUCUGACAUGGAUGAACAUUUAAAUGAUCAUGCAAAAUUUAUUUUUCUAUGGUGGUGAUCUAUGAAUAACAAAAUGUAACUGUACAGGUCAAUCUUACCUAACUUCAUUUUCAGUAAUAUAACCACACACGCAGUGCAGUAUAUUGUGAAUCGGAAAAGACAACAACCCCGGACAAAGGAAAAAAAAAAAAAGACAAAAAAAGGAACAAAAAAAGAAAAAUCACAAAAACUGUGCAGGACUGUUUUCUGCUGUAGUCUGUAAGUAAGUAUUUAUUAAUAUAAUCUGCCAUGUCUUUUCAACGGUUUGAUUCAACAUCAUUAUUAAUUGUGUAUCAUGUUCCAUGAUCCUCUGGAAAGGCUUAUGUUUGUUGUUUCAUUUACCGUAGCUCUGCAUUGUAAAAGUGGCUUUUCAUUUUUCUUUUCUCUUUUUUGAAAGUGGCACACCCCUAAAUGUCCAGAACAGACUGCAGUCAUUUGAAGAAGAAAAACCAAGUGUGUUUGUAUGCUUUCUGCACUUUUUUUGAAUAUAGAAGGUGUGCAAACCUUCGUAAAGCUCUCAUAAAGGUUAUUAUAUGAACAAUGACGGAGGGUGUUCUUUCUUAACAUGUGCAAGGACAGGACAUGCUAUGGAAAUCCAUUGAUGAUAUUUGAAUUUAUGUUGUGUAAAACUGAUAUUUUAUUCAAUGUAACACCUAUUUUUAUAUGAGCAUUCGCAGAAUUCUCUAUCUUAUUGAGUUUGUUUUGAUUGCUUUGCACUUACUGCACUAUAUUGACCAAACUAUGUUAUAUUGUCAUCAAAAUAAACAUGAUGUCAGUUCAUAUGAAUAUACUGUCAAACUGUUUGGGACAUUUUGUAGGAGACGAUAUUGGCAUAAUGCAUCACUGGGACAUAUUAUGAUAUUCUAUUCUGUUGGUAACUAAAUAACCCUCGUUUUAAAAUACAGGUCAGUUUUCAUGGUGUAAAUAUGGAGCAGAGCCGGGUUUUCAUUCCCACUCUUUGAGUUUGAUGCGGUUGAACCGGUGCGUUUAUAACUUUGGACGCCACCGUCAUUGACAUUAAUUGAGAUGUACGGUGUCUUUUGUACAUGCUCGUCCUCUUUGAGGCUUAUUUUAGAUCCGAUCUUUCCUCUGAAGGUGAUCAAGGAAAUAAUCCCCCCCUUUUGAAUCUUCUCAGCUCUUGUUUCAUUUAUUUAUUUAUUUAUUUUUCUUGGAAGUUGCUUUUAACUUGACCCACUUAUAAUCUGUACGCUUAUAUAAAAUGCAAAGGAUGCACCGUGCCGCCACGUUUUUCAAUGCAGUGUUCUUGAACUGAGACCGGCAGUGAUCUUGUGGGGGGAAAAAAAAGUGUCCCGUUCUUCAUUCAAAGGGAAUUAUUCAGAUGAUUGUGACCAUAUACGCAUCAUCAGUAACUGUAGCAGCAGGUCUGUUAGAUGACUCUCUAUUAUGGGGGUAAUUUUCUUUCUGCUACCUUUUCACAAUGACAUAAGAAAAAAAAAAAAGUGGGGGGAUAAAACCGGCACACUUGAUGCCCCGUCUUUUGUGGGAUCUUUUCAUAGACGCCCAGAACGAGAACAGAAGGCAGCAUUUGGGAGAUGAGGAGUCCUGGAACUGAGUGUAACUGUGGAUGUGUCAUGCAUGUAGCAAGGGAUGUGAAUCAUAGCCAAGGACUGUGUGAGUGUGUGUGUGUGUGUGUGUGUGGUCGCAUAGCAGUGGUGGCCUGUGGGACUGCAGACUGUUGACAGCUUUUGAAACUAAUUCCACUUUGGUGCAGUUUUCCAAUCCCUUUUUUUUUUCAGUUCUACCAACCAAUCAAACGCAUUUUUUUAUGGAUCAUUAUCUUAAAAUGCAGCCAAUAAUGCACUCAAAUUCCCUGGCACACGGAAGAAAGCACAGUUCUUGAACUGUGAGGGAAAUCACUUGCACACUGUAAAGUCCAAAAACUGCUUUUGCUCUGGCUCUCCUGCUUGUUUCUAUUGUGAUGCAAGUGAUGGUAUCCGGGGUUCAGCAGGGACUUAGGGAGCUUAGGGACUCGAAGCUUAACAUUGGGGGGUAACUUGCAGUUCUUAAUAUUCAGAAUGGUCAACAUCCUUGUGCUGCUGUUAUAUUUGCAGACUCAUGCAUUUGUUCGGACCUUGAUAAAGUAAAGAAGAAGGUGUCCUUGUACAAUAUUGCAGUUGCAAUACGUUGAGGGCAUCUUGAAUUGGUGCGAAACCAAAUGUUGGUCUGGACGUAAUGUGAGGUGGAAUGUUGGACUGCCACGCACCAAGGGGGUGAAAAAUAUAGGAUAGGAGGCUGCAGUCUCUCUCAUGUCACAUGAUCUCUUUUCAUUGUUUUGAAAUAAUGAUCACAAUAUUAAUCUGCAUUCAGUCCACCCUGCUGCAUCUGGGACUGUCACAACCCAUGUUGACUAGAUAUCUGUGUUCUAUUUUCAUCUCUGCUGUUAUAAUUUUUAGUGACUUGUCAAGAAUGACUCGAUUUUACAUUGGAGUAGUCAACAAAAGUUCACUCUAAUUGUUAUUAUUAUGAUAUAUUACCUAGUAAUAGCAGCAAAUAAGCAUGAUUUCCUCAAUCCAAAGUGAAUGAUCAGGAAAUACGCGUGAAAGCGUUGCUAUAAAUCUAAGCUCGCUGUACUUUUCAUUGCAUUUGUGUGUGGCAGGGAUCAAAAGAAUAUUCCUGUGUCGUUCUCCCAUUGUUGAUUUGGCAUCAUUUCGGAGCCAGUCACUGUGGAAAGUUACAGCAUGUGAAGCUCAUCCAGAGCAGUGUAAAGUGUUGGCUCAUUGCUCUGCUGUUUCCACUACAAUGACUUAACUCACAGGCAAUUGAUUCCCUAACUGGAAACUUAAAGGCUAAUUAAACAUGUUCUCAUGAUUUGGUGAAGAGUAAACACACUGAAUGGUGCGUUCCAGGAACAUGCAGUGGAUGCUGGACGACGGACGCGUAGCCACCCUCUCUGUGCUGGUAGGCAUUUGAGAGGCCUGUUAUUCUGCGUCCACUUGCGCCCUGUCAGCCGCCCAACCCUGGCGCUGAUGUGAGCGAUUGUUUUCAAGGAGAGCGGGGUAAUUGAGAGGGCAGGGAUGGCGUCUGACAGGCACCGAUGCCUCCAAUGAUCACUUUAAUCCGAGUGGUUAAUGGAAGUUCCUCAGGCAUGUAGCAAUGCUCAAAUGUUCAUCAGCGCUCAGCCGAUUUUGACGCCAACUAUCAGCCUCUCCCCCUCUCCGAUGUUUACCGAUGACUUUUAUCCUUAUUAGACUGUUCAUAUUGUUUAGGACUGCCCUGCUUUCAAUGACGAGAAUUGGAGAAGAAAAAAAGAAUUGAAUACAUACAAUACAAUACGAUUUACAUACUUAAAUACGACUUGCGUACGAGUCAAGUUCUGUUCGACAUUGCUGUUUUUUGAAAAUAAAAAUUAUAUUAUUUUAUAUUAUUUAUUAUUAUUAUUAUUAUUAUUAUUUAUUUAUUUAUUUAUUUUUUUUUUCAUUUUAUUCAUUUUUUAAAGCUCAUUUUAGCUCAUUUUAAUGGUCUACGUCCACCUUAUCAGGAGUCAAUAGAGAGAUAGUUAUUUCCCGAUCUUCCGAGAAAAAUAUGCCAUAGAUCUGACAUAUGAUGUCUUUAAAUUUCAAAGAUGCAUUUUAAUGCUGAGAGAGCACUUAUAUAUAUAUAUAUAUAUAACAAAUCCUAAAUUACAUGACAAGCGUAUGGAAACUCACAUCAUUAUUUAUCAUUUAAAUUGAGGUACAACAUGUAUACAACAUGUAUGUAUAUAUCUAGGGCAAGAGGCAAUGUGGACCAGAAAAUAACUUGGCUCUCCCCAUAGACUUCUAUUAUUAUUAUUUAUUAUUUUUAUUUUACUGUGUUUUAUCCUUUUUUUUCAAGCUUAAUAUUGCUUUUUCUGGAUUCAUGUGGUCGGAUUUUUCUCAUUAGUCGUAGACAUUUUGAGCCUUUAUAUAUAUAUAUAUAUAUACAGUAUAUACUUAUACUAUAAUGUAAUUUUAUUAGACCCUCCAAUAUUUCUGGUUAAUGUUCCAAAUAUUUAAAUUAAAUCAAAUAACACGUUUUAACAUCACAAUGUAAUCGCUCAUUGUCCUUGACCCACAACAAACAAAUAGCUCACCCCUUGGGGAAGUGAACAGUUUUCGGCUGUGAAAGACAUGAAUGAUUGUUGAGUUCAUGGUGAACAGUGACGGACAUGUCAGUGCACUCCGGACACUGUUACAUUUUUAGCAAUGGCUCUUGUACAUAGUGUGCUAUUUAAAGAGCGAUAUGCAUAAAAGUAUAUACUGCACAUCAAGGGAUCAGCUGACGUAUGUUUGUGCGUCGCAUGAUCCACAAAGGCAGAGAUGUGAUCAAAAGCGCCAAAGCGGUGACUUUAUGUCAACGUCUGUGAACACGCGGAGAGACAAGGGGGGAAGCGGCAGUACUUUGUUUCAUGUUUUAUUUGGUCUUUUUUGUCAAGGCUCCUACAGACUGCAUGCUCCUUUUUUCUUUCUGUACCUUGUCUCCAUGCCUAUAGGGAAGCCUUGUUGUUUUCAUCAGCCCUCCCGUUUUGUUUGUCUACGCCAGCUCUGCAUGUCGAAGCGGAGCUGCCGCAACUCUGGCUUUUGAUAAAUGGCAGCCAUAGUGUUACUGGCUCCCCAGUGAGACAUGGUAAAAGCUCACCUUCCCCAAAAGCACACUGAUACUUGGCGUCUUUAGUGCUUGGAGGCAUUCAAAACCCAACAAACACAAACUAAAAUCUAAAAUGAGAAACCGUUGAGAUAGCAAACUUAAGAUUGAUGACAUGAGGCAUGUGGUAGCAUGUGACAUUUAUUAUUAUUAUUAUUAUUAUUAGUAGUAGUAGUAGUAGUAGAAGAAGAAGAAGUAGCAGUAGUAGUAUAAACAUUAUUAUUUCUCAAUUAAACAUCCAUACUUUAAUGACGAUUUCCAUUUUAACUAUUUUUAUAAACCAAAUCCUGCUGACAUCUGACUGAUGUAAACUGUUUGUCACAUUUGUGUACGCUUGUAAUUCAUUGUCAUUCCCGAUCCUUUCUUAUGAGUGCUCCAAGCACCUUGCCUCUUCAUGAACUGGUUUUGAAGAGCGAACUGCAUAUUUCGAGUGUGAUGUCUUGUUUACCACCUGGGCUGUGAAAAGCUCAGGCUGUCCAAUUCAUAUUUGAAUGCGGUGCAUGGCUUAUUAUUUGCCCGACAGGCACAGCAGCUCCUUCUGUGAAAGAAGAAGAAAGCUGUUUGCUGAGUUUGAGUUUGCUUUACAAUAUUUCCUCAACUUGGAUGGUAAAAUUGGUCACCGGAGGAGCCUCUGUUGGUUUUUGACAGCUUGAUAAAGUUAGUUGUUCAGGUAGUGCGAACCGUUCAGAAGUUUCUGACUCGCUGUGGAGUUGCAGCGUCUUUUUUAUGUUUGUUUGUUUGUUUUGUCAAUGCUCUUUUAGUUCUGCUGUACCCAUUUUGUUUCCGUCGCUGCAGCUCCUCAAAGUGCUGAGCGGUUUGCAGAAGCUACAGCCCUUACAGAAGGAAUUAGGCUGCGCAGUGGGAGAUUGCUCAGAUAAUGAAAUGGUGGGAGGCAGAAAAACUCAUUUUCUCCAUCGUGAGACAGAUACAUGCUAAUGUGGUUAUUGAAAAUAGCCUUGAAUAGUUGUGACAGGGGAGGAAAAAGAAGACAAUUCCAAAGUGCAACAAUGCUGUUUGAUUCAGUUUGUGGGACGUCGACUUCUUCAUGGAUCGGCGCUAGCUUUGGCUUUGCCAAAUUGCCUCAAGAGCUUAUCCCAGUAAGUUACAUUAUGCAAUUGCUCGGGCACAGCUGCAUUCUGUGUCAUGAGUCAUACAUUCUUCAAAUUGGAUGUGCUAGCCAUUCCUUGGAGCAGGGGUGUGACAGAGAAUCUCAAAAGGGCCGUGAAAGACAGUCGACUGUUACAGUCUUCAGACACCUGAUUUCUUAAACUGUGUGCUCCCGAUGAGCCGGAACAAAACCCUUCUGUGAUUCAAUUCGCCCCCCCCCAAAAAAACAAAACACCAGGCUUAAAGGGGCCGCAUGCAUGAUGCUGAUUAUUUCGUUCCGAAUUUGAGGUAAACUGAUGGAAGAAACGAGUGAAUGACGAGUGAAUUGAUCACGAUUUUCAAACUUAUACAUGUGAGGGGAGAGUUGAUCCCUCGCACUUGAACUAUGGCAUGGACAGAAUGUACCUAAACAGGGAGUGAGCUGACAUAGAAACAAAGAAGCACAGCUGCAGCCGUCCGCACGCAAUGUCACUUUGCACAACGCCGACUCUGACAUCAGAGGUCGAGAUAUCAUCAUAUCUGGGCGCAGUUUCCCUGACUUCAUUGCAGUUCUACCUUUAAGAAGAUGGGCGUGACUUAGGCUGAUGCCUAAAAUAGGGAAGCAUGAGCGGUGCCAACACGCUCAACAACAAGCUCAGUUAUGGUGAUUUCCCAUGGUGCACGACAGCAGGGUUGGACAAACUGUUCCAUAAAGGGCAGCAGUAGAUGCAGUUUCUUGUUUCCACCCUGGCCUGUUGAGGAUUGCAUUUCCCAUCCCUGGUCUAGACACCAGUCACCCGAUCUCAGUUGCUGGGCGCGAGAAUAUAAAUAUUAUGGGCAAAGGAGCGACUGAUCCUUUUCUCAUCAGACCAAUGAAAUUACAGGAAUUUUACUGACAUCUAAGUGCUAAAACCUUUCGUCCAUAUAUUCCAAAUUCUCCUCUGUUCCGAGCACCGAGCUGGUUAGAUGACUGGCUGUGGAGGCGGAGCCAUGUUCUGGCAAUCAAUGACUGUGGUUGGUUAGCUGGACUGCGAAGGUUAGGUUACCGUAAUUGAGUUAAUUGUUAAGUGCGGUGGGACCGAUGCGACUCGGUUUCAUGCUACGUUGUUUGAUGGCCGAACGAUAUUGAUCAACUGCACUGACAGACAUGUCUGUAGUCGUACUGUGGUCAGGAAAGUCGUGAACAGCUUGUACCAUCAUACUUUCAUGGCUCUAUCUUGGACCUCUGGCAACUAAUGUGUGGUUAAUGCAGUGUUUAAAUAUAUGAAGCUAAGCGUAACCUCUAGAUGACGCUAUUGACCUGGCGCAUGAGGAAUAUUUCACUCCAGUAGAACAAUGUUCAACAAGUGUUAUAACUUCACUAUAACAUUAGGGGUCUUAUAGUGUUAGAUAGUGAGCUCUUAUACACUUAAAUAUUUGGUCUUCAUUGUCCAUUUUGUAAUAUUCGGUUAUAUUAAAAAAAAAGAAAUGCUCCCCAUGUGAAUAUAUUUUAAAAUAUUAUAGCUGAGUUCUGUGCAUGCCUUUAUUUUCACCGUUCUUACAAACAAAUUUAUAAUAAGACCAAAUGGGACAACAUAUUCAAAGGGAAUGUAAAACAUCAAAUGUCAAACAACAGUCAAAUAAAUAAUUAUUUAAAUAAGUAGAUUAUAGAAUAAAAUUUAAAUCAAUGCACUACGCAUUUACAAACUACCUGGAGUAGAAAUAGAUAAAUAAUAAAUAGGUACGAAUGUUUGAAACUUAAUUUAUUUUAGGGCAACAUUUUCUUGUUUUGGCUCAGUUAAAAGCAGGAAUGUAUUUUUGGAAUUUAUACGUAUCUCACCAAGUUCACAUCGAUAGCUACCUUACAGUUUCAGUUGCGUCAUCUAAAAUCUCCUGCAGCAGGUCAUUAAUCAAAGCAUUUACCCUCCAUUUGGCCCUUACAAAUCUAGACGUUUAAACCUGCAACUAUACUAUUAUCCGUCCAGCCCACUGGGACACGAGCGCUGUCCAGGUAAUACUUUGCCAGCAAGGAUACAAACACCGCGCGCCGCUGUGGAUUAGAUCUCAUUUAGCAGGUUUGAGAAUGUUAACAGGGGAAAUUGACACCAAAUGAAGCCACCAGAGAUUCUCAACUCAUCUGACUGUCAAGACAUUAUUACAGACCCUGCAUAAAUGUGGUAGGUAUCCUGGGAGGAUCGGGUUAUUGAAUUAUGACAAAAUUAAACCAUUAACAUUCGAGAAAUCAAUCUAACUGGGAACAGAAUUGUGCUCGGUGAGUGUUUGAGCUGGCAUUUGAGGGGCAAAGCAACACGAGGAGUUGCCUUUAUUACAGAGUAAGGUAUGUUGAAUAAUAAAAAUAAUAAAAUAAAACACCAUGAAGGCGCUGGAGAAAGUUCUUUAUGUGAGCUUUUGACCGGAAGGUGCGGCUACUUCAAGAUUAGCAGGUUUUAUCGUCUCAAACAACUGUUUUUGACCAAAUGAAUUAGCAGAAUUGGAUGCAGCACAAUGAAGUUUACAACAUCCCUGAACCUGGAGUAGUAUUUCCUUACUGCUGGCUGAACGUUUACUGCUAAUGGCUCCAGUGUCUUGCUGGCGAGUUACACAUUUAAUGACAAGAACCUGUGACCUUCUUAGAGUGUAAAACAAACUGCAUUUUAAUGGUUCAACGGCAGGUUUGAGUGGUUUGUCACCUGUUUAAGCAAGGUCCUUUGUUCAGGCACAGUUGGAAGAGGAUCAGUUACAUGCAUAAAUGAAGACAUGUGGCUUAUGCAAAUGACAAACUGGUGGCGUCCUAUCGUCUGCCAGCUGUACAAACGUGUCUAAUAUUGCAGGCGUAAUUGCGUGAACAUUGUAGCCAUCAUAGUGUCUAGUUAUUGAGCUUUAAUAAUACACACUCCACAGAUAACAUGAACUGUAAGUGUACGUUUAAUCCAGUUAAGUCAUCUCAGGUGUGAUGCAGUUGUUGUCGUGAGCAGCGACCAGGAAUGUAGACACACAUCUUGUCAUAUCGGGCUUCUGACUUAACAACGGCGGUAAUUACGGUUGCAUAUUAAGGGCACGCGGCAGAUGAUCGCUGAAUUCCUGUUUGAUUCCAGGUCUCAUUAGUGGCUGGCUUUAUCUCCUUAUUAGUAUCAGAGAUUCUUUCAAGUUGUUUUGAAGCAGCUGCACAUCAAUUAAACUCACUGCUUUGAGUGAAAAUGUUGUCGUUGGAAAAUCCUCUUACUUUUCAUUCCCAGGAAGUAAAAAAAAAAGAGGAGGAGUCUUCUAGUCUUAUUGACUGAACUCUUGUACACUUAAAUAUUUGGUCUUCAUUUUUUAUCUUGUAAUAUUCGGUUAUGUUAAAAAAAGAAGUAGAUUAUAAAAUAAAAUUUAAAUCAAUGCACUACGCAUUUACAAACUGCCUGAAGUAGAAAUAUAUAAAUAAUAAAUAGAUACAAAUGUAUGAAACUUAAUUUAUUUUAGGGCAACAUUUUCUUGUUUUGGCUCAGUUAAAAGCACAAAUGUAUUUUUGGAAUUAUAGGUAUCGCCCCAUGUUCACACCUAAAGCUACAUAACAGUUUCAGUUGCGUCGUCUAAAAAAGAACUGGCUGCAGAGACUGAGCAAGGAUAAGUAGAGGAGGACAAAACCAUGACAUGCAUGUCGCGGAGAUCAAAGUCAAAACCUUGUAUGAAGCCUAACCCAUGAAAAUCUGAAACACUGUUAUUUUACAUGGCUACACUUGGCCUUCAAUUCCAUCCUCCUGCUGUUCAUUUCACGAUGACGGGUUCUUUGCAUCUCACACAACGGCACCAAUAACAAACUGAGCGAACUUUGAUUUUUGCCUGAACAGAAGAUCAGCAGAUCGCCGCUCUCUGUCGCUUGUAGAUAUGCAACCCACAGCUAUGGAGCCAAUUCUUGAGAACGUGGUGCUGAUGAACGGCAGGCACCAGCCGUCUCACAUUCAAUGGCCUCUGUUUCUCUUGGCCUGAUGGUGUGUUGAUUUUCUUUUCAAGAGCCUUUGUGUUUUUCUAUUCCCAACUAUGCCCGUAUAAUAACGGCUAUUGUCUGUCGCUUAUUACAGCUGCACUGCCCCCUCCUGCCUCACAGCAUAGCGAGUGGUCUGCAAACACUUUUCUUUUCAACUCAAGCUAAUAUGCAGUUACAUAUAGAGAUGCAAAUAUAUUGCAGUAUCUGUCACUGAAAAGAACAGCAUCUGAACAAAAAGGCACUUCUAGCUUUAUACUGUCACUCGAGCAGAGGCAACGACUGAAUGAACAGUAAAUGCAUAAGUUGAUAUUGGAUUUGAAGAAUAAGUGCUGUUUGCUUUCCACAUCAUAUCAUGUGGUCAUCUUCAGAUGGACCAGCUUGUAAUGGGGAAAAAUGCACUUUUCUUUGGGGAUCAGCUGACUCUUGUUAAAACGCACUCCAAGUUUUAUCUUCGUAUAUGUCUCACAUCUUCACAAACGGAUGGGUAGGAUAAAUCAUCAUCCUUGAAUCACCCAGUCUCUGAUGGUCCCUGACCAAACACCGGAACCUGUUUUCCCCAUGAACAAACUCCUGGCAAAGGAAGGGUUAUUGAUCCUUUGUUCCUUUUUUAAGGCUAAUUAUCCACUCCGCUGCCAGUUCCUGUUAUCGAUGUCCUGCUCUUCAUCCCUGCUCAGCACACUGAGGGCUGACUUUAAGACACUUCUGAUGGUCAUACGCCUGGAGAAACAGAGGAAUAACGUUGACCAUUUCAACUAUGCUGACUCAGCCCCAACACAUGCAGCUUCAUCCUUGGCAUACGGGCAAAGAAAAUGACUUGAAUUGACUGAAAUAUGACGACUUCGAAGUGUCUCAAAAUGAGGUCCUGGAUGAAGCGAAUGACCACCUGUAGUCAUCAUUGAGCAGUCUUCUUAUAUUGGAGUUUGAGUUGCACUUCUGUUCUGUUUAAACAAGGGUCCCAGGGGGGAAAAAAACGGCUGGCAGCAGACUGUUCAUUUAGACAUCAUCUGUGGUCUGACAAGCUUCCCUGUAGUCACUGACCUAUUCUUUACUGCUCGCACUGUUUGUUUACUUCACCAAUCAUUAUGGAAGUAAAGCGAGUGAUUUACCUUCCUCUGUGAGGGGCGAUAAGCUGCAAACUCAUUAAAGUGGCAACAUUGACUUUCGAAGUGGAUGCUGUGCAAGAUUUAAAUCAUAAAUAGCCUAUCCUCUUUAUGAGGAACGGCUUGAAUAAUUUAAACUGUUUAUGUACCUGUCCUGCUGACAAUAGACACCAACAGUAUCUGCUGAGUGGAUGAUAAAAAAAAAAAAAAAAGCAUUCUUACCUGAAGCGGUGAUUUGUUUUAUGCAUCUUUAGAAUUGUUACUAGGUGAAAAAAGCUAAGAAAAAUAACAAACACACUAGCACACUAGAGACAUAUUAAUCAUAGGGAAAUACAUUUAAAAAAAAAAACCCUUCAUGCUCAUUAUACAAACCAUGUCAACACAUUCACAUUGCGUCCAAUGUUGAUGUGGAACUUUCUGCAUUGCUUGUUAGCUCAUAUGUGUUUCAACACAGUGGAAAGUUUUGACUCCUAAAAAAAAAAGAGAAGUGGGGACACAUGGGGCGGUAAAGAUGAGACCCUUCGGGUGCACCCACGAUGACUUAACCCACCAUUGCUUUAUAAUGAGUUGGACGGCCCAGUGAGGUUCUAUAUACUCAACGGCAUGAGGAUGAAACUUUUGAAGCCCAAUGUGGAAACAUCCAAUGUGGAAUGCUGACUUCUGUGUCACACUGCAGCAAAAAGGUCCCGUUGAUGACUGACUAUUUGUGACGACAACAAGUGUUGCUUCCUGCUCCAAGAGGUCCCGGUACCAGGGCAGUUCUAUUACUGUCUCUCCACCGCCAAGGUGUAUUGGGCUUUGAAUUGAGUAGCCUGGGUUCCCAAAAGUGCUUUAAGUGUAGUGACUGAAACAACAAGAUCACAGAUUGAAAAAAAAAGGUUAAGAGGAUGGAUUCUCCCUUAAUGCAUACAAUUGGAAACUCACUCAAUGGGCCACCUGCUAGAAGCUCAAGUAUCACGCCUUUUCCUUCUCAAAAGCCAGCGGAGAUAGCGCUUGUCAAUGUUCUGGGAAGCAUCUGUGCCUUCAACCACAUCGGUAAACACCACACUGAUGUAGAAUCAAUGCUGGUCCAUGAUUUUAAAGUGCUAUAUGAAAAUGACCCACCAAAAUGUAGAGAUGUUCUCCCUCCCUGUUCAAAUCGGCUGGUCAGAAAUCUCUCUCACACACCUGCUAUUAACAUAUGCCAAGUGUGAUGAAGUCACAUCCCAUCACACCAGUUGUCACUCAGCCCGGCCCACAGUGUGCUCUCCACCUGGCUGGCCCCGGCAGAAUCUCAGACUGUGAUGGAACACAACUUUAUCUACCAUGACAGCAUUGUCAAAGUGUUUGAAACCUGCUCUGCUUCUCCCCUGAGAUCCGAUCUUCACACACAUAAACACACUGUAUGUUGCCGGAUUACUCCAAGACACAAGAACAACGCAUGGCGGAGAUAAUGACUCUCACCCAUUAGCUUUCUGGCGUACGAUCAAGGAUAUAGUUUUAAUUGUUUCGUGAUACUAAAUAAUGACUGAAGGUCCCAUUCACUCCGUUUCCUCCAUGGUUGAAGGUGAUAACAUAAAUCGAAGACCUCUUCCUUACCAACAAGUCAGUGGCAAAGCUGGCGAGCAUCCAGGAUCGCUACAGGGACUAUUUUUAGAGGCUUGCCAAGCAGGGUUGAAGUGAAUUUUUGCUUGAUAUCAAGCUCCCGGUAAAUGCCUGGCCUCCUUUGAAUGGUAGACAAUAGUGGAAUUCAGAUAACCAGCAGAAGAUUAUCAAAUACCGCCAUGAAAUACCUUCCGUUUCUAGGGACAAUAUCAUCGUAACUGUCGCUCUAGUAAUUAAAUGCAAAUCCCUGGGUUGAAUCCAGCUUGAAUUUAUGACACUGAGGUAAUUCACUGGGCAACACUUGGCAGUGGCCUCACGCUAAGAUACUGAAUAAUGAUCAGCCUGAGACUCGGGGAAACCGGGUGCUAUGCAUACGCUCAAGGAAAAUGUUGACCCUGCUUUGAGUAUUUACACUGAAUAUUGAUGCUGUUUCAGUUUAAAGAAGAAAAUAACAUCCAAGGGCACUUUUUUUUUUUUUUUCGCGUUGAAUUUUUAUAGAGAGCGAACUCACAAACUCAGUUUUGGCACUCUCUUGGGUGCAUAGGUCAUAAGUUCAAAUCCUGGUGAGCAAGUAUGAGCCCUCAGGCAAGGUCUGUGCUGUAAAACGUUUUACUUAUCACAAGUCACCACGGAUAAAACCGCCAGCAAGGCUGACAUGAAAUGUGCUGUUCCCUUAUGAGGGAACGUUCAUUUUAAUAGGGCUCAACCUUCGGCUUGUCCAUAAGCAUGAGUUGAGCCUGCAGUUUUUCAACUGUGGUUUUAUUUCUUCCUUCGCCAUUUGCAUAACAUCAUGUACUUAAUAUUGACUACAAAAAAAAGAAAUAGUUUUUCACUUAUAGUUUACUUACAAUUCGGCAACAACAAUUUUCCUCGAAAACACUGCAUUGUUAUUAUUGUGAUUAUUAUUUUAUGUUUUACCCGUCACUUGCAUUAUGUUUCAGGACGAGAUGAAUGCUAUUGGCCAUUCUCCCAACGCAAUGGCCAAUUACAUGACUGAAGGGAAGUGAUGACAACCUCACAAAAUCACUCUUUGUAUGUUUUAAUUCAUCACAAAGAAACAAUGUCAUGAGAGAAGCCAUUCUGUUAUUGAGUAGACAGCAUGGGUCAAUGUUGGAGACGCGCACCACACAAUGAACUGCUGCCUGUGUUUAGACACGCUCCUGUUGUGAUCUUCAGAGGAUAACCGAUUGAUAACAAGGCACCUUUACCCUCUGGAUCUACACCCCCUCCCAGCCCCUGUAGCUCCCUCCAGUGCACACAUGUGUGUGCAGUAUAAGAUUAUCCCUUAAGUGCCGUGCUUUAGACGGCGAGUGGGUAGGCGGUGAAAUCUCACUCGAGUGGCUCGUGAGCUUUGAGCAACGGUCACGGGUUCGUGUGUAAGACAUGGUGCUGCGCAAUUGAUGACUUGAAAUGUUUACACAGGAAUAAAUAAGACAGAAUUGCAAAUCGCUGUGGGUCAUGUUUUGUUUUUAAAAUGUAUAGUAAACAGAAUUAGACAUUUUUUUGGAAUGGCUACACAGAGAAUAUAUUUGGCCAAGUUCACAGUACAUUCAAUGAGGUAAUGUUAGUGCUUCAAAGGAAGCAUUGCAGCAGCCGAAAAAGAGAAAAACAAAAAAGAAAGAUGGGCCAGUCUGUAUUCAAAGCCAAGUGUGUGCUUCACCUUUCAAGUUUCGUCCACUUGGGAAUUGCCUUGAAAACAAUUACUAUGGAUGACACCCGAGAUCCACUCCACCAGUUUCUAACAACAAAUGGUAAUGGAGAAAAUGAUUCAUCAACAGCAGGACUCCUCAGUUUCGGCGGAAGACCUCUCAACACCCAUGUUUCAGAUCAAAAAGCUUUUGAGCUAUUCACAUGCAGCUUUAUAUACUGCAAAUAAAACAAUCAUUUUUAAAGCAGUUUCAUGUUCAGAAAUGCAAUAAAGCAUCGCCGGAGUGCUUGUUAUGAGAUUAUGGUCUGCAGAGUAGAAGAAUCGAGACAAUUGAAAUGUUUAAAUUAUCUUAAGAUUUAGUGUUUUUCAAUUGUAAGAAUGGAUAAAUAAAUGAAUCUGGAAUGUCUAAUGCAUUAUGGUGAUAGGGAGGCUCUGACAUCUCUGCUCUGUGCAGACACAUGGAACGUCAUCUCCAGAAACAUCCCCUCUCACAAUCAUGUUACGCUUAGGUGUCACACUGCUUCCUCACCUCCACUUGCCAAGUGCCAUUAGCAUUUGUUGCACAGUAACAGCGAAUGGCAUGUUUUUUAUGUGGAUGUGAGCGGCAUUUGGAAACAGUGACUCGGAAGGUUUUACGGAGAUAUUCAGUAACUCUAUUCUGGUUCACUUUGAUGGGAUCAGUGGCAGGCAGUAAGUGUGUGCCCCUCCUGGGAAAUAGGAGAGAGGAAAUCUCAGGGGGAUUUGACUUCAGAGUUAUUUGAAAAUGAAUGUACGUUUGACUAUCCAAGCACCUGUGCGCUUGACAUGGUGCCACGACAGAUUUUAAAAUGCCUCCACUGAAGACUGAUGUCAGAAAGGCGUUGAUCCUGGUACAUGGCAACAAGGCAAAGCAAAGAAACAGCCCCGCAACUUCACCUGCUUUUCCCUUUUAAUUAGAGUGAACUUGAAGAACCUAUUGAGAGUAUACUUUAACUGUCUACUUGCACUUCUGCCUCAGACAUUGACGGAUGGCUUGAUUAAGGUGAAAGACAAUGAGUGAGUGCUAUUCAAUCUGUUUCCUUUCAGUGGAGUGUGACAGCAAACAGCUUCCAUGUUUAUGGAGCUUUCCUUGGGGAAAUAUCAAGUACAACUUUUGUCAUUUAGUUGGAGGCCGGAUUUGUGUACAUGAAAUUUGCUACGUUAAGAUAAAUAUUAGCGCAGCUAGGAGCAUUUUGUUAUCCAUAUUGAUUCAUCGUGAAAGCAAUAUUACAACACAGUCACUAAGUUUAGUACAACAACUAAAUAAUAAUGUAUUCAUGUGCUCAUGGGACAAGUUCACUUAGCUACUGUGAUCCCCACCUGUAUGGUAGCUCAGGUUGAACCAUGUAUAUCCCACUACAUCUGCUGCAGUGAGUCUAUCAUCCAAGUGCAGCUGAGGAGUAAAAAAACAUUUUUUCUUUCCAGAUAAAAAGUCAGCAUCCGCACCUGAGAAAUGAUCAGACUGGAAGAUUAGCUGGGGAGAAUACAGUGUGAGACGUCAAUCUUUUUAUUUUUCAAUGUCUGGAAUGUCACCCGCUGUUUUCCCUGCCUCAGUUUUUCUUCCUUCUUUAAUCACUUCCUUUUGAAGGAGAACUACUGACAAAAGAGAUUGUAAGUCGGGUAUGUGCUCUUUCUCCUUUUUGAAGAUGCUACCUGUUUUUGUGUGACUGCAAUUUCAAAGACGACAGGUGGAGGUAAAUGUUGUGUGUACAGAUCUCCAUCAGAUUACCAAACUUCAGUUCAAUGUCAGGUAAAAUUGGAGGCUUGGGAAAUCGUUACACCAUCUGUUUAAUACCGCUUUCCUUUAUUCAAGCUCAAAACUUUUCUGGUACAAAACAAAACAAAACAAAAAAAAAAAACAAAAUGCCGUCAAUGUUGGAUUUUUGAAAGCACAUUUCUUUACCAAAAGGUGUUUCAAAAUAGACAUGUCCACAGUUUCGUGCAACUGUGAGAGCUGUCCCAUCUCAGUCACCUCAGAGAUGAAGUUCCUGCUGGGGAAAUGCAGGAGCCCACUUGGGUACUGUCCAGCACAGACAUUGCCUCAAGCUGCUGGACAGUCAGCUGCGAGUCACUGUUUCUUUUGCGUCUCGCACUCUCUGGGCGCCAUCUUGGCUGACUUUUUCCCCUUCACUCUUGAUCAUAUUGUUUUUAAUCAUACCUGACACAGCUCCGAGGCCUUGUAUCUGACCAUUCCUUUUUUUUUAUCAUCCCACCUCUUUGCUUUAACUCCUUUCUUCCAUCUGCAUUCCGAGAGUUUUCCCUCAUCUGCAGUCAGUGACCUCAAACAGCAAGAUCCCAUUAUUCUUUGCCUUCCCCCCGUUUUCCUUCCUUGUCUUUGUUUUCUGCCUCGCGCUGCUGUCAAGAGACUCGUCUGCUUUCUUUUCUCUUAGACUCCUGUAGGGAUUAUGAUGCUCCCACAUUUGAUCCACUCCUAAAAGAAAAUACAUCGACUGAGCCAGUUCCUUCAAACCAUAUAUUUUACCACAUCUGUCACUGUCAUGUUGGACAUGCUGCCACUUUCAAGCCAGUAGAACAACACACACACAUCACAUCACAUAUGAAUACAUACAUACAUAUAUUGACUGUUAACCAGCACU